AUGGGUAAAACGGGAAACAGCAUGACACAAAAUGAUGAUAUUAAUCAUUACAAUCAAAACAAUUCAAAUCAGACGAUGUGCUUAGCAACAGAAAAUACAACAAAUAAAGAAGGUAAUGAAAAUGAUUUUAAAUAUCCUUAUCGUCACACUCGCAAAAGGCGAAACGAUCAUAGCGAGGGUGAAGUUACGCCACAGCCUUCAUUUACACCUAAGCGUCGAAAUACUGAACAGAUAGACAAUAGCGUCAUCAGUUCUUAUGGAAUUCAAGGAGAAACAACUACAACUUCAUCUUAUUUUAACAAUAAUCGGACAUUUCGUAAACAAACAAACGAAGUACCAAAUCAAAAUCAUACGCAUGAAUCAUAUAAUAGAAAACAACAAAAACAAACGCAUGAAUCAUUCCCACCCUUUUAG